GCGACGGUGCUCAGCUUCAUCAUCCGCAGCUUGUUCUGUCUAUAAUUACCAGAACCGCCAUUGCUGGCAUCUGCCGCAUCUUCUAAGCUCGCUCUCUCUCUCUAGCUUGUCAUGAAAGUUCACUGAAAAAUCGACCUCAAGAGCCUUGGCAGUAGUAAAACUUGCCUUGUCGAUAUGGUUUCUCUCGAAGAUUCUCCGGCGGACGCGAGCCGCAUUCCUCCGCCGACGCGAGCUUUGCGUACUAUGUCAUCGACGGUGACGCUCAGCUUGAAGACUCAGAGGCCGCUCGGCCGUUCUAUGCGGACGAUCCGGUCCAACCUCUUUCAGACUGACCGGAGCUGCUCCUUCACCAGCGAGAAGUCGACCUGCGUGUCUGAGAACCUGACUGAUUCGGUCAUCGACAUGCGGCUCGGCGAGCUGGCCUCGCGGACUGCCAAGUCAUCGGAGAAGUCAUCGGCUGCUUCUGAGGAGGAAUUUCUCGACUUUUCGCAGGCUUUUAGCGAUUUCUCAGCUUGUAGCAGUGAUAUAUCGGGCGAAUUGCAGAGGCUUGCGAGUGUUCCGCCGUCACAGGAUGUUUCGAAGGUGGAGAAUUCGUCCGAGCCAGAGCCGGAGCCGUGCCUAGGGUUUCUACAGCGCGAGAAUUUCUCGACGGAGAUCAUUGAGAGCAUUUCACCGGAGGAUCUUCAACCGACGGUCAAGAUCUGCGUCGACGGGCUCCAGUCCCCAUCGGUUGCGGUGAAGCGAUCGGCGGCCGCGAAGCUCCGUUUGCUCGCGAAGAACAGGUCUGACAAUCGCGCUCUGAUUGGAGAAUCCGGUGCGGUUCCGGCUCUCAUUCCUCUUCUCCGCUGCUCCGAUCCUUGGACGCAGGAGCACGCGGUGACGGCUCUGCUGAACCUGUCUCUCCACGAGGACAACAAAGCGAUUAUCACUUCCGCCGGAGCAAUCAAGUCUCUUGUGUACGUCUUGAAGACCGGAACGGAGACUUCGAAGCAGAACGCUGCUUGCGCCCUUUUAAGUUUAUCGCUAAUCGACGACAACAAGAUCUCAAUUGGCGCGUGCGGCGCAAUUCCGCCGCUUGUUGCCCUGCUCUUGAACGGUUCGAACAGAGGCAAGAAAGACUCGCUCACGACGCUGUACAAGCUGUGCGCGGUGAAGCAGAAUAAGGAGAAGGCGGUGAACGCUGGAGCGGUGAAGCCGCUGGUGGCACUAGUGGCGGAGCAGGGAACUGGGCUUGCGGAGAAAGCGAUGGUGGUUCUGAGCAGCUUGGCUGGAGUUCCAGAGGGUAAGGCAGCGAUUGUGGAGGAGGGCGGCAUUCCUGCGCUGGUGGAGGCGAUUGAGGACGGAUCUGUGAAGGGGAAAGAAUUUGCUGUGUUGACACUUUUGCAGCUGUGUGCGGAGAGCGUGAAGAACAGAGGCUUGCUUGUGAGGGAGGGGGGUAUACCUCCUCUCGUUGCUCUCUCUCAGACCGGCAGCGCUCGGGCCAAGCAUAAGGCUGAAAUGCUUCUCGGGUAUUUGAGAGAACCAAGACAAGAGGCCUCCUCCUCUAGUCCUUAACUGAGGAAGGUAGUAGUAAUGUUUUGAUGGGUUGAUUGGUUCUUGAUUGUAUAUGUAUGUAGGGUUGUUUGAAUGUUUUGUACAGAACUGCUGAGUAGUCUUUUGAGAAUGAGGAAACCAUGAGAAAUACUGACCUGUAGAUUUGUAAUGCGAUCUAGGUUUUUGGGAUAUUUUUUCUAUUAUUCUUUUUUCCCUUUUGUUAACUACCUUAAUUAAAAGGGAAGGGGAAAAAAAAAAGCAAUGUUUGCCUCUGGUUUGGGUUGAGGAUUUGGGUUGUGAUCCAUCUGUUUUGUUUGGGUGAGAUCCAAAUUCUAUUGAAAUGUCUACUUACUGUACUGUUCUACUUUGUGAAAUUAAUGGUAAUUAGUAAUUACUAUUUGGGAAUUCA